AUGGAUGAAAUAAAGAAUCAUCAACAUUCAGAUGUGUUCUGUUCUAGUGUUGCUUAUUACCUCGAAUCUGGUGAUGAGACAAAUCUUCCUAAGGUGCAAUGCGUUUCGCAUCGUCCCUCACUCGCUCACGACAAUCCCUCACUUCCUUACACCAUCGCUUCAGCUCCUUGGGAUUCAGUCUCUGUUGAUUUGCUCAAACUUCCACUUACAGAGAACGGUUAUCAGUAUCUUCUAGUUUCUGUGGAUAGUUUCACUAGUUUCACCAUUCUCGUUGCUCUGAGGGACAAAACUGCAACUUCUGUUGGUCCCGCGAUAAUUGACAACAUAAUUUAUCCUUAUGACUCUCCUCGUGUCAUCUUAUCUGACAAUGCCGCUGAAUUCAAUAACUCUUCCUUACAGGAAAUUUGUAAAGAAAUUCAUAUCAAGAAAUGUAACAUUGUUCCUCACUCCCCCAGUUCAAACAGUAAAGUAGAGCGUUGUAACUAA